CAUGAAUUUCAGGGUGGUCCUGGCAUUCCUGGUGCUAUCCCUUGCUGCUAUCUUCGCUCUCGUCUAUGUCUUGGUGACCAGGCAAGGUGACCAGCUUGUUCGCUGCCCAUCCGUACUUCCCAGAACCCAGCCCUGGACUCGCCCUGACCAGAGCCAGCUGUUUGCAGACCUGAGCCCAGAGGAGCUGACGGCUGUGAUGAGCUUUCUGACCCAGCGGCUGGGGUCAGGGCUGGUGGACGCAGCCCAGGCUCGGCCCUCGGACAACUGUGUCUUCUCAGUGGAGCUGCAGCUGCCCCCCAAGGCUGCAGCCCUUGCCCACCUGGACAGAGGGGGCCCCAUACCUGCCCGGGAGGCUCUGGCCAUCGUCUUCUUUGGUGCCCAGCCCCAACCCAAUGUGAGUGAACUGGUGGUGGGGCCACUGCCUCAUCCCUCCUACAUGCGGGAUGUGACUGUGGAGCGUCAUGGUGGCCCAAUACCCUAUCACCGGCGCCCCAUGCUGAGUGUUGAAUUUGCCCAGCUGUGGGAACAUUUGAAAGAGGUGGAGCUACCCAAAGCACCCUUAUUUCUGGCUUCUGUCUUAAACUACAAUGGCUCCACUUUGGAACCUCUACACGCCAGCCCUAAAGGCUUUCGUUCAGGGGACCGGGCUACCUGGAUAGCCCUGUUUCAUAACAUCUCAGGUCUUGGUGUCUUCCUUCACCCUGUGGGGCUGGAGCUACUGCUGGACCACAAGGCCCUGGACCCUGCUGAGUGGACUGUCCAGCAAGUGUUCUACCUUGGGCACUACUACACAGAUUUAGCCCAGUUGGAAGGGGAGUUUAAAGCUCGUCGCCUAGAAGUAAUUAAAGUCCCCCUGCCCACACCAGAGGGGGCUUCAUCGCUGAGGUCCCGAGUCACCCCAGGCUCUCCUCCCCCUUUCCAGUUCUCCACGCAGAGCCCCCAGUACACUGUACAAGGGAAUUUGGUGGAAUCGCCCCUCUGGAGAUUUACCUUUGGCCAUGGGGUGUUCAGUGGCUUGAGAAUUUUUGAUAUUCGGUUCAAGGGUGAGCGAGUGGCCUAUGAGAUCAGUGUCCAGGAGACCCUGACUGUUUAUGGUGCAAAUUCACCCACAGCAAUGAUGAUCCGAUACUUGGAUAGCAGCUUUGGACUUGGCGCAAACAGCCGAGGGUUGGUGCGGGGAGUGGACUGCCCUUAUCAAGCCACAAUGGUGGACCUCCACAUACUGGCAAGUACAGGGGCAGUCCAGCUGCUCCCAGGGGCUGUGUGUAUAUUUGAGGAGGUCCAGGGGUUACCUCUUCGAAGGCACCACAAUUCCAUUGGGAGUCAUUUCUAUAGUGGUUUGGCUAGCUCAGCCCUUGUGGUCAGGUCUGUGUCAUCUGUGGGCAACUAUGACUACAUUUGGGACUUUAUUCUGUACCCAAACGGAGCACUUGAAGGUCGGGUCCAUGCCACGGGCUAUAUCAACACAGCUUUCCUGAGUGGAGGAGCAGAGAGCCUCCUCUUCGGGAACCGUGUGGGCGAUCGGGUGCUGGGGACGGUGCACACACAUGCCUUCCACUUCAAGCUGGACCUGGAUGUGGCAGGGCUGAAAAACUGGGCAGUAGCUGAAGAUGUGGUGUUUAAGCCUGUGGCAGCCCCCUGGAGCCCGGAGCAUCGGCUGCAGCGCCCUCAGCUGACCCGGCAGGUCCUGAGCCGAGAGGAUCUGGCUGCAUUUUCUUGGGGAAGGCCCCUUCCCCGCUACCUUUACCUGGCUAGCAACCAGACGAAUGCCUGGAGUCACCAGCGAGGGUACCGAAUCCAGAUCCACAGCCCUCUUGGCAUACACCUACCUCUGGAGAGCGACAUGGAGAGGGCCCUAAGCUGGGGGAGAUACCAGCUUGCAGUGACCCGAAGAAAGGAGGAGGAGUCCCAAAGCAGCAGCAUCUAUUACCAGAAUGAUCCAUGGUCCCCUACCAAGGCCUUUGCUGACUUCAUCAACAAUGAAACCCUCUUAGGAGAGGAUCUGGUGGCUUGGGUUACAGCCAGCUUCCUACACAUUCCCCAUGCUGAGGACUUUCCCAACACAGUGACCGUGGGAAACAGAGUCGGCUUUUUGCUCCGACCCUACAACUUCUUUGAUGAAGACCCCUCCAUCUUCUCCCCUGGCAGCAUCUACUUUGAGAGGGGCCAGGACGCUGGGGAGUGCAGUGUCAACCCUGUGGCCUGUAUCCCUGACCUGGCCACCUGUGUCCCAGACUUACCCCCUUUCUCGUACCAAGGUUUCUAGGCAGAGUAUAGAGAGAUCCUGUGGAGACACAUGUCCCUUUCUUUCUGCUCUCUCAUCUCCCUGGUUUUAUCCCACCCGCUCCCCUGUGUUCCCACCUUCAGUGUUCCUUAAAAAUCAGUCUCUUCUCAUUGAGAGGGGGAGGGGCUAUGA